CCUGCGCGCCGGGCCCGCGGCGGAACCGCGCCUGCGCGGGGGCGGCGGGGAGGGGACGAUGGAGGCGCGCAGGGCCCGCCGGCCCCGCGCCCCUCACAGCGCCCAGCGCCGCCAGCAGCGCCGCGGGGCCCGGCCCUGAGCCACGCCGGAUUGAAUUUCUGUCUGGCUGAGGUUCCUGCAGUGCCAGCAUGGAGAUGAGUCGGGAGAAGCUGUGUGCCAGCAAGGCUGAUGGCAGCUCAGACUCUGCCUACCACUGCUCGGCGUGCCACGGCGACGACGACUGGGGCAGCAGCAGCCGGGGCCGGGCCAAGUCACGCAGCUUGUCAGCUUCACCUGCCCUUGGAAGCACCAAAGAAUUCAGGAGAACACGUUCCUUGCAUGGACCAUGCCCAGUGACCACGUUUGGACCAAAGGCCUGCAUGCUGCAGAAUCCCAAAACCAUUAUGCACAUUCAGGAUCCAGCAAGCCAGCGGUUGACAUGGAACAAACCUCCCAAGAGUGUCCUUGUGAUUAAGAAGAUCCGUGAUGCCAGUCUGCUGCAGCCCUUCAAAGAGCUCUGUGUGUACCUCACUGAGGAGAACAAUAUGAUAGUGUAUGUGGAAAAAAAAGUAUUGGAAGACCCUGCUAUAGCUAAUGAUGAGAAUUUUGGACCAGUGAAGAAGAAAUUUUGCACCUUCAGAGAAGACUAUGAUGAUAUCUCCAACCAGAUAGACUUUAUCAUAUGCCUGGGAGGAGAUGGGACCUUACUUUAUGCUUCUUCACUUUUCCAGGGUAGUGUACCUCCAGUUAUGGCUUUUCAUCUGGGAUCCCUUGGAUUUCUUACUCCAUUUAAUUUUGAGAAUUUUCAGUCCCAAGUCACUCAGGUUAUAGAAGGCAACGCUGCUCUGGUUCUGAGGAGCAGGCUCAAGGUGAAGGUGGUGAAGGAGCACAGGGAGAAGAGCACAGUGCAGAACGGGAUAGAGGAGAAUGGAGUCGUGUCUGCAAACCUGGAGAAGGAAGUGGGCAAACAAAUUAUGCAAUAUCAGGUCCUCAAUGAGGUUGUGGUGGAUCGUGGCCCUUCCUCCUACCUGUCCAACGUGGAUGUGUUCCUGGAUGGGCACCUGAUCACCACAGUGCAGGGAGAUGGGGUGAUCGUGUCCACGCCCACCGGCAGCACCGCCUACGCCGCCGCGGCCGGAGCGUCCAUGAUCCACCCCAACGUCCCUGCCAUCAUGAUCACCCCCAUCUGCCCCCACUCCCUGUCCUUCAGACCCAUCGUGGUUCCUGCUGGAGUGGAACUCAAGAUCAUGCUCUCCCCAGAUGCCAGGAACACGGCGUGGGUUUCAUUUGAUGGAAGGAAAAGGCAGGAAAUCUGCCAUGGAGACAGUAUCAGCAUCACUACCUCUUGCUACCCCCUCCCCUCCAUCUGCUUCCGGGACCCCGUGAGCGACUGGUUCGAGAGCCUGGCCCAGUGCCUGCACUGGAACGUGCGCAAGAAGCAGAACAACUUCGCCGUGGAGGAGGAAGAGUUCUGAGUGUCCCCAGCCAGCAGGGCUCUGGCAGGGCAACGUGGCAGGAUCCCUCCCCUCUGCUUGGGUUUUGGAGCACUGGAAUGUGGCAGAAUCCCUCCCCUCUGUUGGAUUUUGGAGCUCUGGGUGCAGGUGCUGCCCCGGAGCUGCCCUGUGGUUGUGGGUGAUGUCCCUCAGGUGUUGGGGCUGGGGAAGGGUUGUGCUCCUUCCUGUCCAGCAGGAGUGGGAGUGGAAGGUUCUGAUGGUUCUGAUCCAGUCUGAAUUUCCUUCUAAAUGAGCAGUGGAUUAUUCCUGACUGCUAUCAAAAACCACAUCUGCAGAUUUGAUUGUAACUUCUGACUUACCAGUUCCAUGGUAGGCUGAAUGUAGCUACACCAGGGAAAAGUGGCAGCAGAAAAGUGGCAUUAAAAUCUUUCAUUUGAUAGGUUUGUAACUCCAUUUAACACUGCUAGGAACAGAAAGGUUCUGAGAAGUUUUCUUUUUUUUAAAAAAAAAAAAAAAAAAGUUCCUCUUUGUUAUCUUAAAUACACCUUGCCCAGAAAAUACUUUCUUACUUGCAAGUGUGACACACUGAAGAAACACCCACAAAGGAUGUUUUUUAUUAAUAGAUGGAAUUAGUAAUAAAAAGUAUAUAUUUUUUAUAUAUACAUUUCUUUCUCUUGUGCCCAUUUGAGCAGUGGUUGACCCUUGGCUGUCAGCACUGUGGAAAUACCCACAAACAGCAGGGAUGAGCAUUAAUUAUUUGUAGCUGAGCUAAUUCACAGCUCUGCACUUCCUCUUGGUGGGAAUGCUCCAUGUGUUGGUUUUUCUUAUUAUUUUGGUUGAUUCCCUGGGAUAAAUGGUAGCAUUAGAGACUAUCAUGUUAAAAAAACCAAUAAUAAUUCUCCAAGUGUUCAAGAAGAAUCUGGACUUCAAUUGCUACUGAAUUCACUGUUGUCCUGAAGAAAAUAUCCUGUUCCAAGAUCCUGAAUGCCCUCACCUUCCAUGGAUACCUUCCAACUCUUGGUGCUGAGUAAUCCAGGGUGGGAUUCUGCACUGGUGGGCUGGAGAAAUGAGAGGACACAUUCCCAGUGGAGUAGCAACGGUGCCUUCAGCACACUCAAGAUAUUCUAAAUCUCACAUUUACUUUUUUUAAGAUGCUUUCAAAUGUUUCUAACUUCUCUCUGUACAUAUUUUAUUGUAUGUGCUUUUAUGAAAGAGCAAAAAAAGAAACCAACCAACCAAACCCCACCAAAAGAACUGGCUGGGCUGGGGGGAAAGGGUUUGUACUGUACUUAAACUGCAAAAUAGCAAACCCAAGGAUAAUGUUUACAUUUAUGUUCUCUGUGGUGCAGUCUCUUGAUCAUCUUCUCCAAACUUCAGCAUUUUCAAGUCUUGCUGCAUCGCUCACUGAAGGAGGGCCAGGAGCUGCUCAGUCCUGGGGCAGAAUUGCCAAGGAAUGAAUUUCCUGCCUGAGCUGGGAUUUCCUUGGGGGUGGGGGGAGAAUCUCUGCUGAACCUUUCUCAUGAUUGUCUUACGUUGUUUCUGUGGUCCAAAGUGGAAAUGGGAUGUGGCUUCAUUUCCAAACUCUGCCUGAUCUGUUGUCCUCUGGUGGUCUCAAUAAUGUCUCAUCCCUUUUGGAUGCUGCCCUGGGCUGAGCUCAUGAAAUGCAGGUGAGAGCACUUUUCCAGAAGAGAGAAGCAAACUCUUGGGUAAGGAAUUAAAUCCCAGUGGGAGCGUGUUGGUGACAUGAACAUUGGUUUGUACAUUCUGUAACAUAGAAUAUUGGUUUGAUUUGGUCAAAACCAGAUGGAUUUUGGGAAAUCUUGGAGAAUAUCCAGAGAGCUUUUGGGGUUUCUCUUUCACUUGAAUUUGCAGUAAUUGUUUUAUCACUGUUUUGAAGCUGCUUACGGGUUUCCUGAGCGGAGUAUUCAGUUAUUUGAUAACUGGUUACUUUCUGAACUAGAGAAGUGUCAGGCUUUUUUGCUUUGGAACUAUUUUAUUUAACCAUGCAAUAAUUGAGAGAAGGAACAGGGUCUGGUGUCUAGAGAAACGUGUGGAUGAGUGGAGAAUGAGCAGUUCUAGGCACACUGGGGAGUGGAAAAUCAUUUUGCAGAGGUGAAAUGAUUUAUGAGCCUUAUCUAGUAUUUUUUUAAAGAUAAAACUAUAUUCAGCACUUUUUAUUUAUGCUUUUUAUAAUAGUAAAGCUAUUCUUGACUAAAUUGCCAGACUUUUAAUUUUCAGAGUGCACAGGUAAUUAAAUCUGUAAUCAAAGUGUACUGAACUACUUUAGAUCUACAUUAGGGGUUGGCUUGAAAUUUCUUCUUUCAAUUUCUCACCUGCUGCAGUUGCAUUGCUGGCUCUGAGGCUGCUGCGGCUUUGCUUGUACAGAACUCUGCUGAGAAAAGGCUUUUUCUGGGGGGCUGCUGAGCCCAGGCAGAGCUGCAGCCCUGGCUCAGUGACCUCAGUCCUGGCCUCUCCUCCAAAAGCUGCCUUGAUUCUCCCUGGCCCAGCUCCUUCACAGCCUGGGCUGGGUUAACACAUCACAAACCUGAGGGUACAAAGUCUCUUCUGGAGGCUUUUCAUCUGCAAACUGCAGGGGAGUGAGGCUGGGGCUGCCAUCCCUGGAGUUCUGCAGUUGAAUGCUCCAGGGCUGGGGGAGCUGAAGCAGGAAAAAGCUGAAAUGCACCUCACUUUCUUGGCAAUAAAACUUCAUUUUGCUCAUGUAGCUUCUUCAGAAUAACUUGGUUAAACUGUGCUAAAAAACAGGGGUUUGCUGAUUAAGAGGUUUUUAAUAAAAGGGUUUGUAAGUCACUGGCACCUACAAAUCCUUUCAUCUACAAAGGGCCAAAAUGGAAGCAGAGAAAUUAAUUUGUUUUUUUUUAAAAAAAAACAAAAGUUAUCCUCUGGUAGAAAUGGAAGAAGUUGUUACCAACUGUAGUAGGGAAUAAAGCAGUGUACUGAAUUUUUAAAAGCUAAAAAAUCCUGUUACAUAUUGUUAACACAUUGAAAACUUGGUUUUAAAUAUUGUUGAGAAACAAAAUAUUUUUCAAUCCUUUCAAUAAAACCUUUUUGUAAAGUUGGA